AUGGGCUGUGGAAAAUCGAAACACGAUGUUGUUACGGGAAACACCAGGACGAUCAGAAAACCCUUAGAAUCUGAAUCAGUGAAGGGUAAAGAAAAUGAGACAAUUAAAAAACAAGAAAGCUGCCAAUGUCAGAAACCCACCGACGUGGCCGCUGCGGUUUCUGCAGACCGGCCAGAUAUCACCUUGGAAAACAAUGCCAAGAAAUCAAAGGAAAAAGAAGCUGAAGUAGAUUGUGGUGAGAAGUCAGAGGAAAAGGAAACCACCAUUUUGCCGCCGGUAAUGGCCAUAGUGCCAGAAAAUAUUGUGACGGAGGAAACAUCCAACGACGUAAAUGAGAGCGUAUUGAUUGUGGAUGAACAAAAUGCAGAAGAAGGUGAUAUUGAGCCGGUGGUCGAAGAGGAAAAAAGUAUUGACGAUAAAAUUUCGGGUGACGGCGACGCUGAAAUUUCACCUCCCGAGACUGAAGAACUAAAACCAGAUGUACAAACUCCGGUAACAGCAGAAUCAGAACUUCAAGAUACUUUAACUACAGAGAAUGUGGCCGUAGAAAACGUAGAAACUGCGUCCACAGAAAACGAUGAAGUUCCAGUUUUAAAGGACGAAGAUAAAGUUGAUCAUGUAGAGGAAAAUCUGGCAAAGGAAGUUGGGUCGGCAUGA